AUGUCGACCAAACGGGACAGUGGCGAUUGGACGAGCCAGCGGCGGCUUUAUUCCGUCAGGGAGAGGCUGUCCGGCUUCGUUCGGCGCGGCGCCGGAUUGGCCAAGAAGACAACAACAUCGAUGAUUGGUGAGCCGCGACACGAGAGAGAAUCAGUAGAUGAGAGCCCAAAGGCCUUCCCGCGAGUUCAGGUCCAAGACUUCGGCACCUCAAGUCUUGAGAUUGACUUGCAGUCCUUGGAGGCCUUCCGCACCGAGCCACGUUCGGAGAAGAAAGUUGAGCACCCAAAGCCUCCGACGGCCUCGUCGACGACGCCUAUCGCAGAUAUGUUUGCCAGGAAGGCCACGACCAUUGCGCCCCCAACGGUCACCAAGACUUCACUCAACAAGUCUUCACCAUCACUCAUCUCAUCACCCGUAGAUAAACCCAGCAAGAAGGUCCCUGCCGAAGGACGUCAGCCUAGCAUUGCUCCAUCACAUAAGACACACGCACCUAGCCCUGCAGCCAACGUAACAAUCAUCAGCUCUGGUUAUGCUCAACCACAUAUCCCGAAGCCCUGGCCGCCUCCAGAACCCGCACGUGUCGUUGAGCCUAUUCGUAUCCAACUUUCCACUACUUCAGAGGUAAAACAGCCCAGCAGAGUACAGCUCCGCGAGCCGCGGCGUGGUGCACUCGUCUCAUCAGGGCCUGCCCCCAUCACCACGCCUGAGCCCAUCAACAGACCCCGCCGAAAGGCUAUUGCUGAGAAGCAAUUGCUUCCGCAAAACGCGGAAAAGCGCCAUUCGACACCUACGACGGUGCAUUCUUUGACUACGGUGCCAAAGUCGCUGCCUGUAGAAACUCUCCAAACAGAUCGGAGACGGUCAUGGCAGCCGGCACAAACCUCAGUGCCAUCAGGGCCGUCAACACCAUCCGCACCACCAUCGGCCUCUGCACCGUGGCGUGAUUUCCCUAACCGACGUGUAUCCACUCGCCUUGGCACGGAUCGCCUUCGCUGGAUCCGGGAGCUCGAGGAAGGCAAGAAGAACAAGUCAACGAUCAACGGGGAUCUUCCUGUGCUCAAGACGAUGCAGGGAAGUGUGGCCGACAAGCUGGCCAGAUUCGAGAGCAAGCAGCAGCAACAGCAGCUGGCGCCAAUCGCCCGGUCCAACUCGACCAGGAGUCGCACGUCGUCGAUUGCGGACACGUUCACCUCGUACGGGGCCGUGACCACGACCCGGUCGUCGCUGGAUAGCCACCGCACAUCGUCCGUUUUCUCGCAUUACGAUGACUCAUUCCGCGAGAAGAUGGAGCUCAUCACGGGAAAUGCAAACCGCAAGGCGGAAGACGCCAACGAAGAGAAGCCUGCUCUGAUACGGGUCACGUCUACCUUUGUAUCAGUGGAAAAACGGAACAAGAAGGCAUGCAUCGGCAAGCCGAUGGAGGUUUGA